GACGUGUCCCUACCAGGAAGCGUGAAUGUCGCAUCAUCGGCUGUCAAAGCUGAAAGUAACCGGCAUUUUGUGUUUUUAGCAACAUCCAGUGGAUGUUUUGGCGGUGGGGCGCCCUUCCUGAAAGUACAUAACGAUGUCGGGGGAGAUAUCAGCAAUAGGUGCUGUGAUCCUGGCGCUGUUGUUGGCUGGCUAUUUGGGCCAGCAGUACUUGCCUCCACCUAAGCCCAGAGUGAUCGGCCUGGAUCUGGGCACCACUUUUUGCUCCGUGGGGGUGUUUCACCCAGGCAGCGGAGAGGUGGAAGUGAUAGCCGAUAAGGAGGGCAGGAAGAGCAUCCCCAGCGCCGUCACCUUCACCAACACGACGGUGCUCGUCGGAUAUGAAGCAGUGGAUGUGGCAGACAAGAACCCCCAGAACACCAUCUAUGAUGCUAAGAGGUUCAUUGGGAAGAUCUUUUCUCCAGAUUUGCUGGUGCAGGAGAGCAGCCGCUACCCCUUCAAGGUGAUUAACAACAACGGGAGAGCAGAGUUUGUCAUUACCACCAACGGCACUUUCACAGUGACUCCGGAGUUCAUCGGCUCCAGGCUUUUGCUGAAGAUGAGGAAGAUGGCCGAGCGACAGCUGGAUGCGCCCGUCCACAAAGCCGUCAUCUCCGUGCCUGCUGAAUUUGACGAGAAGCAAAGGAACGACACCGUCCGAGCCGCUGAGCUCGCUGGGUUGGAGAUCUUACGUGUGAUCAACGAGCCCACAGCGGCGGCCAUGGCGUACGGCCUUCACAAGGUGGACGUCUUCAACGUGCUGGUGGUGGACCUUGGCGGAGGAACCCUGGAUGUGUCCCUGCUCAACAAACAGGGUGGCAUGUUCUUGACUAGAGCCAUGGCAGGAAACAGCAAGCUAGGAGGUCAAGACUUCAGCCAGAGGUUGCUCCAGUACACCACAGAUCGAGUCCGACAGGAGUACGGGGUCCCGCCCACUCUCAAAGUGGACAUCCAUCGCCUCCGCCAAGCCGUGGAGGCCGCCAAGCUCAACCUCACCCUCCACCCUAGCGCCACCAUCAGUGUCCCGCUGCAUCUUCACGCCCACGACGACUCUGCGGAAAGCUCUGCCCCGGCGAAGGUGCUCUUCCAGGUGGUGGUCACCCGCCAACUUUUCGAGGAGCUCAACGAGGACCUGUUUCAGAAGAUCCUGGACCCCGUAGAGACGGUGCUCGCUGAAGGCCACCUGGAGAAAGACGAGGUGGACGAGAUAGUCCUGGUGGGCGGAUCCACCAGGAUACCACGCAUCAGGAGGCUCAUCAGCGAGUAUUUUGGGAAGGAGCCCAACACAUCUGUGGACCCCGACCUGGCUGUGGUGACGGGCGUGGCCAUCCAGGCCGGCAUCAUGGGUGGAUCGUGGCCGCUGCAAGUCAGUGCCAUCGAGAUCCCCAACAGACAUCUUCAAAAGACAGACUUGAGCUAGUGCGUGUUUAUUUGGGACUGUGUAGACAUCCUGAAUGUACGCAUGCUUGCAUGGACUCACCAACAUUCCUUGAAGGAAAAAAGGGCCAAAAAGCACUUUAGUCGUGCACAACUUGUGUGAAUAAGCUUUUGAGUUGACCUUUUACUUGUUUUAGCGUUUUUCUCAGGUUACGGUUACGUUUCAACUUGGCUUGGGGGCCACAGGUUGAAGACCCCAUGAAGACAGAAAAAGAAGGAAUGGAUGCUCAGUUUCCGAGCCGUUUUGAGGUGCCUUUGAGCAAGACACCGGACUACCUACCGUAUUUGGGUGUGACAGAGUUGCACAUCUCCCCCUCACUCUGAUUUCUCAAACAAAUCAAGUGUGCCUACAGUCAACAAGACCACAACUCAACGUACUACUGCUCACGAGCAACAACAGCUGAAACAUGUUUGUGUAUUUAAAUAUGGACAUUCACUGAUAUAUUUAAGCAGAUACUUAUACUGUAUGGUUUGUUUUUUUAAUAUGACAGUUUGAUGGGAAAGUCGCUUUGUAUUAAA